UGCAUCACUCUAGAGAGAGAGAACUCUGUCUUGAGAACUUGCAAAGAUUUAUGUGGCAUCUGUGACAACAUUGUGAUCAGCAGACCUCCAGCUGUACUGAACCAAACUGCUUCCCUAGAAACCGUCUAUCUGGAACCAGUAGUUCCCGGUGACAGUUUGGGAAUUGAAAUCUUGUCCUCUAACUCCAGCCUGCAUUUCAUAUCAGGGAAAGCUCUGGAAUCUCCUGCUGCCCUUAGCCAUCAGGUCCAGAUUGGUGAUGAAGUUAUCCAAGUAAAUAACCAAGUUGUGGUGGGCUGGACACAACUGAAUUUGUUAAACAAAAUCAGGGAGAAUCCUAGCUUGGUAAAACUUGUUUUGAAAAAGACUGGAGUCCCUUGCACAUCACAGAUGGUUGGAGACUUCUUAAGUUCUGAAACGUCUAUAUCAAGGAAAAAGUCAGGUCAUGUAAGGUCUCACAGCAAUCCAUUUCCUUUCAGUGGCAGCAUUCAGAAACAGGAAGAAAUUCCUCGGAGCCCACUUACUGAUCAGUCAUUACAGAGCAGUGACCAGACCAUAGCAGAGUCUCCAGAAAUGAUUCCUCACCAGGAACAAGGCAUACAUGUUGAAAAGGGCUUCAAAAGUGGCACAGGGUUGGCAAUCAGCAGUCCUUUUCUUGAUUCCGACAGUGAACCCUCCACUCCUGUUAGCCCAGAAGUGCCCCAGGUCGACUGGGAAAGAAGAACAGAAUCCUGCCGAUCCAUUAAGAAACCUCAUUCCAGUGACAGCACAGUAAUGAGCCAAGUAACAAGAAGAAACAAAAAGAAAGGAUCUGCUACAAAGCUGAGCCGACGCCGGAUCUCAUGCUGUGAUCUGGGUGAAGUGGACUGUGAUGGCUGGCUAUGGCAAAAGAAGGACAACCCAAGCUUUAUGGCACCAAAAUGGCGGAAGGGAUGGUUUGCAUUGAAGAAAAAUUCUUUGUACUGGUAUACCCAUCCAAAUGAUGAAAAGGCAGAAGGCUUUAUUGAUUUAUCGACAUACAAUAUUGAAAGUGCUGGACUGCAUAAAAGGAAGUAUGUCUUCAAGCUAUGCCAUGCAAAGUUCAAGACCUUCUUUUUUGCUGCUGAAAAUGUGGAUGAUCUGAGCAAGUGGGUAGCUGCCAUUGUCAAUGCCAUUAGUAAACAUGCACAGCAUAGUAAGGUGGUCCCCAGCAAAGAGGAAGAUUGCUACAGUGAAUCUGAAGUGGAUGAUACAGAUGAAGAGAUUUUGUCCACCACCCUGAUUAAAAUUCGCAGCAAAUCGGACUCAAGUGUUGAAUCACAACAUUCUGGUUCAUCAGGUGGUGAUAUUAUCAGAAACAAUCCUCCAAAUCAGAAGGUGACCAGUGGCACUGCAAACAAAGAGACUGUAUCAGCAAAACCCCAGUCCGCAGAUCUCCCUGAAGAUGAUAUGGAGAAGAUAUUGAAAGAGCUGCACCAAGGAGGUGUCACCUUAAUAGGCAAACCAAAGAGCUUUACCAGAGAACAUUACAGAAGUUCAUUUAUAAAACGAAAUAAAAACCCAGUCAUUAAUGAGAAAAUACACAAAAUUCGAACUUUGAAGAGUACACUCAAGGCAAAGGAAGUAGAACUACAGACAAUUGAAAAAUUACUUGUAAAUGUCAAGAAGGAAACUUUAAGCAAAUGGAAGGAAGAAAAUCAAGAUUUGCACAGGGAAAUAAUGGAAUGGGCAAAGAAGCUGGGGACAUUGAAAACAGGCAGUGUAAAUCCAGACCCAAAGCAAAGGUUAUGCCCGAAUGAAUAUAGUUUAACUCAGUCAUUGUAUGAUAAUACUGUGCAUGCAAAAAAUCCAGUUACUGUGGAGAGUUCCCAACACAGACAUACAGAGAAGUCCUCAGAUAAAAUGGACACAACCCCCCAGGCUGUUGUUUACAACAAACCCAAGGCGAAGAAACAGGUGACACUUGUUUGACAUUGUUUGGCUUACCCUGGAAUAAACAUGGCACAUUGCAUUUGCAGUUGAUACAUCCCGAGACAAGUUUCAGGUCAAUGGAUUUUGAAAGCAGAAAUGAACAAAGUAAACGGGAUUCAGAGUAAAUCAGAAUUCAGCUAUAAAUACAUUCCUGUGCAUGAGCAGGGAUUUCAUGUACAGCUACUUGUAACAUGAUGUAGAAAUAUAAAUAACCUUUUGUAACUGUAAUCACUGUGUAAAAUACAAAUUAGGUUAAUAUAACUGCUAUUCGGUGUUGUACAGCCAGACUGUACCUGCUGUAAGCCAUGUUAAAGAGCAGACUGCAUCUUGCUGGUCACUGCUGUUUAACCUUAUGAUGAAUUUUGGAUCAGUCAUUAGUCCUUGAAUCUGAAGUUGUGUUGUCUUUUAUAAAAAUGUAAGACUGUUUUAUGUCAGUCAUCAUUGUGGCAUGUAUGUCCUGUCCAUAAGUGUGAAUUUGAGAUAUUAUGCAUAGAAGCCUGUAGUAGGGACAGCCUUGAAUCUAGUGCACCACCAAAUGAAUUCCAAAGGAUUACAAAUUGCACAUUAUUGGCUCACCUUUUGCACAGGUUUACACAAAAUGGUAAACCAGUAUAUCUUUACAGUAUUCUGUCCUGUUUUUAUAAUCCAUUGCAUGCAAGGGUAAAUUCCUGAUUGUGGUUAUUGGGAAGCUGCCAGUUAAGUAAAUUCACAAAUAUGAUACAGUCUAUCAAGUUUUAGUCUCUAAAAUCCAAUUAUCCUCAAGAUGGAAUCAUUCACCACCAGCAGACUUUCACACUGGAUGAUACAUGUUUUGUACUUUGACUGCAAAAGUGUCAUAAUUGUGAUCAAACUUAUAGUGCGCAUAGGAACAAAUGAAAUGCUUGUGAUGAAAUUUUGAAAAAAAAUAAGAAGCCAACUUUAAAUUGUGGACAUGACAGCAAAACGUUGCUUCAUGCAUGUAUAUUUAUAGAACUGCACUAGUACUAUCACCUUUCAUCAUCCAUAAUAAUGCAUAUCACAUGGUAAUGCUGUCUUUUAUUUACGUAGAAAAUGCUUAAGUCUUGCAAGUAAUUAACAAUUAAGAGGUUUAAAAAUCUGACAUAAUAUUCACUGCUGCAGUCAUGAUAUCUAGGAUUCCUGCUUGCAGGGAGCCUGAUGGAUAACAUCACUUCCAGAGGUCUACCUUCUACUGCCUGGCUUUGACUGACACCUCACUCAGCUGUCAGGACAUAGUAGGAGUAAGAGGAGCACUGAUUGAUUCCAUUUUCUUAUCUUUCUCACAGCACUUUAAAAAUGCAUUCCUCUGCAAAGUGUCAUCAGUUGUCAAGUUUGCCUGCUUCCAUGGAUUUAGAUAAGUCCCACACUUAGAAAUCUAUUUCUUUUCUGCAUAAUAAUUGCCGAUAUUGUAUUUUAUGGAUUACUGACAGUGCCUUUGAAAAAGUUAACAAUUGCUUUGAGUGCAGGAAGAAAAUCCCAAACAAGGAUUAUUUUCCUCGUUGUAAUUUUUGUGCAUGCCAAGACAAUGACAAAGACAUUUGUAUAUUUUGCCCUAAAUUCAUCCCAAAGAAGGUGUGGAAUCACACAAAAUCUCUUCUGGAGUACAUAGAUUGUAGUAAGACACAUGAUUGGUUUCACUCCAACAUGGCAUUGGUCAAGACGUUUGCUAGCCACUUGACAAAGUCUAAGUAGUUGGAGUGGUACUAGGAAGAAGCAAAUGGAACCAGUGGUGGCCUUUCAAAAUCCAAGGGUUUCCUCAGAUGUGAUGACACUGAAGUCAGAGAGGCAUGUUCACAGCCCCUAUACUUGGAGUCAAUUAAUGGCAGUACCUCUGACAUGAUCCCUUUGGAGGCCACCAUGCUGUUUGACAGUGACUUGUACUUAUUUGACAAAUCUGCUGUGCUGCCGGUCUAGAAGCCUAUCUGAAGACCACUGGAGCUAAUGGCCACAUCAUCAUUAAUGAAGGAGAGGAUGGUAUCCUGGCAGUACUUGUUUAAAAGGCGGUUAAUGGUGAUCAAACAGAGAUAUUUUACAACUGCCUGUGGCUUGAUGCCUUUAAGGUGACUUUUCCAGUACAAGAUAUCCUAACCAAAGCAUAGCUUGUCUCAGCUAAACUGGAUUGGUUCUUCAUCCACUACCCAGACAUCUUUCCAGGACUUUUUCCUCCAGCUAGCCCAGGAUUUCAUGAUUAUUUUUUAAAUCCAAGCAGAGAGUUUUGGAAACUCUGUGCUGUCUGCAUCUUCUUCUAAAAUUAGAAGGAUUAAACUUUCUCCUCCAAAGGGAGGUUCAGACACACCUGAUUCAGAAGUGAAUGAACUGGAAUAUUAAAACCAGAUGCCCCCAAUAAUUUAAGUUAGACAAAGGACAGUGUGUCUUUUGCUUUUACACAGACUCUGCUUCAUUUGAAGACAUCCUUCUCAGGGUGAAAUGAACCUCUGAAGGAGUUCUAAUUGAGACAAAACCAUCUGCUGUACCUCCAGAUGUAAAAGCCUUGAAAGAUGCAUUUGUUACACAACUGGAGCCAGAUUCGCUAAUCCCUUCUCAUAAGAAGUCUGACCACUUUUAUUGGGUCCAUGAUUUCCACAAUUUUUACACAAGGGCCUCUUAGCUAAUCUAGCUUUGUUGUCUCUGGAACCUAGCAAAGGAAUCUAUUUGGCUGCAUCCAGGAAUCCUAAUCCCAAGGAUGACGAGAGUAAGAUACUUGACCAUUUGGGAAAGAAGACCUAAACCUCUGUUACACUGGGCUUUACUGCCUUUAACUGUCAGACUUUAAUACUCAGACAAAGUCUAAGAUAGAGUGAGAUCAAGGACAAGGAUGUAAAAGGAGACAGAGAUACUUGAACUGAGUAUCCUUAGUACACAGAUUGCCAAGCACUCCAUGAAAUGUGGCUGGAUGUUACGUGUCAUGCAAAGCAGCAGCUAUGAAGUCAGGAAUGCAAAAACAUGCCUGGUUGGGGAUGCGGCCCCUGUCAGAUCAUGUUAAGGCAGGGUUGUAGAAUGUACAAUUGGACAAGAAUCCCCUCUGUGGACUGACAGUUGAAAUGUGGAAGAGAAAGGGAAAGCUGUGCUGUCUGUAAAAAAAAUCUUUCAUUCCCAAACUCCUAAAUAUAGCAAAAUCUAUCUGACAAGAAGCUGAAGCUGACCUCUUUACUCUAAAUAGGAAAAUGAUAAAUAUCACAAAGGAAAUAGAGCAUGAUACAAAAAAAAAUAGUAAGCAGAACUGAAGGAAAAAGCCUGAGGGCCCUCUGAGCCAUGGCACCCAAACAGAAUAGCUAUGUCUCCAAGCUCAUCACUCCCUGUCCCUAGAAAUCCCUUCCAUCUCCUUCAUCUCAUCCAGCUCCUUUCUUCUAUCAAAAAUAAGGGUCUGCUUAGAAUGCAUUGUGAAGAAAUGGAGGUUCCCUAUUAUAUCACUGAACGCUUAAAAUAGUGAGCGCUGUUUUAUCGACCAGUUUAAAUCGAAACCACGAAAUCCCGAAAACACAGAACAGUGAUUUUUUUUUCACAGCCCACUUUAUUUUGUUUUGUUUUUUUUUUCUUUUAACGGAGCGGCAAUUUUUUUUUUCCCCUGGGAAAAAAAUCGCUGUUCCGUGUGUUUGGCAUGUUGACAUUUCGAUUUUUAAGGGUCAAUUUUACAGCGUUCGCUAUUUUAAGCAUUCAUUAUUAUAAUAUAGACCUGAAAUGGAAGGUAAUCAUCAAGGCCAAUAGUUUAUCAACAUUCUGAAAUAGAGACACAAGCUUUGGAUUCUAAUUAGACCCAUGUUCUCAGGAAUUCCACCAGUUCCAAAGACGACAUGUAGUUAUUCCCACAUCUUGUGAGACCUCGUAGCUCAAGGUGUCGUAGAGAGAGAGAGAGAGAGAAAAUACUAAAUGGGAAAGAAAGUAAUAAGAAAAGAAGGUACUUAGAGGCCUAUUUUAGGCCUUUCAUUGACAGCAAAUUCUUAAAAGUGCCAAUAUGCAAAAUUAUUACUGCAAGGCCGUCUGCCACUUCUGUUUACUCAAAGUCUCAUAACCACCUUGGAUCUAAAGGGUGCCUACUUUCACAUUUGCACUAUGUAGGUGAUAGAAGGUUUUUAAGAUUUGAGGCAGAGGGGAGCUGACUACCAGUUCACUUGUUUACUGUACACUGGGUAUUCACAAAGUGCAUAGCUCUAGUAAUUCCUUAUUGUAGGACCAAGGCCAUUCACAUGUAUUGCUGUCUAGAUGACUGCAUGAUCCUGGUAGCAUCUUUAAAGAAGAUAUAGCAGGCUUUACAGUUCACCCCCGCAUGUUUCAAAAACAUAAGCUUAUUUCUAACCCUGCAAAAGUCCCACCUCACUCAAGUGGACAAGUGUUCUUUGAGUGUUAUGGAUACAGAUCAACAGCACAAAGUACUGCUAUUGUCCCAUUACCUGUGGACAGAACAUCAUCACAGCAGGGGAGUUGCAAGCAUUAUACAUUGCAAACCAUACUGACAUAAUUUUUGUUGCAAACAUUAUACAUUACUUAUAAUCUACCCAAUCAUUGUCAGUUGAACAUUACAUAG